AUGGCUCUGGCUCGGCGCGUGGCAGGUAUCAAAAAUCUUGUUGUGCGUGAGUUUGUGGAUCAGGAUAAAAACCGCGCACCUGCGGCUCCGUUUACGACAUCCACGUUGCAGCAGGUAGCAGGGCAGCGGUUGAAGAUGCGCCCGAAAGCGACGAUGGAUGCAGCCCAAAAGCUAUAUGAGCAAGGCGCUAUUACAUAUCACAGGACGGAUGCGCCCAACAUGGAUGCUGCCGGGGUGGAUGAUAUAGCUGCUUAUGCACGUAGCGCCGGUUUGCCGUUAUCAGGCAAGUCUCGGAAAUGGAAAGCCAAAGAUGGGGCGCAGGAAGGGCAUGAAGCCAUUAGGCCAACACAUGCAGCCGAUCUGGAGCGCGGUGAGACAGAUGAUGAAAAGGCGUUGUAUCGCCUGAUCUGGCAGCGUGCUGUAGCCUCUCAAUUAGCGGAUGCGGUCUAUGCUGUUCGUGCUGUGAAGUUGGAAGGCGAGCUAGAGGAUUGUAAGGUUUCUUUCAAAGGUGUGGGCCGUACGCUAAAAUCUUCUGGUUGGAUUGCGAUAUAUAAGCCGGAUGACGAUAAAGAGCUGACAGCAAGCAAUCCAAUACCUGAAUUGAAAGUUGCUGAUCCUGUCAUGGUUGCUUCCGCCCGUGUGCAAACAAAGCACACUGAACCGCCUCCACGGUUUACUGAAACAACACUGGUUGGUGAAAUGGAGCGUUUGGGGAUCGGGCGUCCAAGCACAUACGCGGCCAUUAUCGAAAACAUUAAAGGUCGUCAUUAUGUCGAUACGCAGAAGGGAUACCUUGUUCCGACAUCGGCGGGUGAGAUCGUUCGGAAGUCUCUCGUAGGGCAAUUCAAGUUUAUCGAGUUUGAUUACACGAAGAGCUUAGAGGAACUUCUGGAUGAAAUUGCCGAGGGUAAAAACACUUACAAAAACGUGCUGACGGCGGCUUGGAGUAAUCUUGAGCGUGAGCUUGUGGGUUUAGAAAGCGUCGAAUUGGCUGCGGCCAUGCCGGUGUUCCCGUGCCCGUCGUGCGGAAAGCCUUUGCGGCGUAGAAAGGGCAAGUAUGGUGCUUUCUGGUCGUGCAGCGGUUAUCCAGACUGUACUGUGCGAAUGAAGGAUGCCGAUGGAGAGCCGGGUGCGCAGAUCAUCGGAACAGCGGCAGAUCAGCCAGCGAGCAGUAAACAGGUUGAGUUUAUCACGCGGAUGAUUUCUGGUGGCUAUACCGAAGCACCGCCGGGUUGGCCGAACAUUACGAAGGCUCAAGCCUCCGAUAUUAUUUCCGCCCAUAAGGGAGAAAGCCAGACUACUGGAUCGUCUAAAGCGAGGUCUGGCGCUAGGGCAAAGAGAAAAUAG